AAGAUGAAGCACACACAGGUGGCUGUGCUGCUCUUCAUGGAAAGCAUGAUUGUUCUGGCUGGAUCAAUGGCAGCAACAGAAGUGACCCCUCUUCUCAAUAGGACGCUUCCGUAUCUGACUCAGCCUAGCAAGACGACUGGCAACCUGCACACUGCCCCAAAGCUCUUUGCCAAUGUGUCCGGCUCCGUGGAUGACGAGGGAACUUGUCAGUGCUCUGUGUACUUGCCAGAUACCACCUUUCCAGUGCAGAAGGCUGAGCAAUUGGAAAUUAUAGCUGCAACACUCUCAGAGAAAUUUGAGACAGAGCUUUCUCAAGUUAGAGAGUACUCAAAAAUGCUUGACCUGUAUCAGCAGCAAAUCCUUAAUCUAACCAUCAGAGUGGAGCAUAUGGAGAAGAGCAGUGUAUCUUACACAGAACUGGACUUCCAGUUACUGAAAGUGGAAAUCAGUGACCUAAAGAGACUGGUCACACAGCUGAAAUCCAGCCUUGUUGGAAGCAAUGUCAUCGUUGAGCAAAUAUAUUUGGAGAUCACCAAUCUGACUAUACUGGUAAAUGAACUAGAAUCACUGGACAAAACCAAUAUCCUUGCAAUUCGUCGACAAAUUGUGUCUCUGCAGAAUCAAUUGAAAGAGUGUGAAGAGGGCAUGAACAAAACUACAGUACCCCCUUAUUUCCCACCAGGUAGCUGCAUUCACCGUGGACUGCUGAAUGUUAGCCAGCCCUAUAUUGUAAAGCUGAACUGGAGAGGAUUUUCCUACAAAUACGGUUCCUGGGGUAGAGAUUACUCUCCCUCUAACCCAGAGAAGGAAGUCUAUUGGGUUGCACCAUUGAACACAGAUGGCAGAUACUUGGAAUACUACAGAAUUUAUAAUUCCUUUGAUAAUUUGCUGCUGUUUAAACCCAUGUAUGAAAGUAGAAUAAGAUAUGGGGAAGGAAGUGGUGCUGCCCUUUAUAAUAAUUAUUUGUACUAUCAUGCUUAUAGUUCAAGACAUAUGGUGAAGCAUGAUUUAAAAACAAACACCAUGGUUUUGAGGAAGGAGCUUCCAGAUGCUGUUACCAAUAACCGUUUCUCUUAUGCAGGUGUAUCAUGGCAAGACAUAGAUUUUGCCGUGGAUGAAAGUGGGUUAUGGGUAAUAUAUUCAACAGAAAAUAGCAUGGGCAACAUUGUGAUUAGCAAACUCAAUGAGACCACACUUGAUGUGCUAAAUACUUGGCAGACAAGACAGUACAAGCCAUCUGUUUCCAAUGCUUUCAUGUUAUGUGGUGUUCUGUACGCCACAAGGCCAAUGAACACUAGGAAAGAGGAAAUCUUCUACAUGUAUGACACAAGUACUGGCCAAGAAGGUAGGAUUAGUGUCAUCAUGGAUAAAAAGUUAGAUACGAUCCAGAGUAUUGAUUAUAACCCCACAGAUCAGAGACUGUAUGUUUACAAUGAUGGUUACCUUCUAAGAUAUGAUGUGACCUUUCAGCCUUAGUAUCUCAGUGACAUAAGCAUGCGAUAAAACCGGCAGCAACUAAAACGAGAGAUCUGAUAUGCCUUUAGAC